AUGGGAGGCAGCGAGCUCGGCUCCUGCACCGGGAGACCGGGCACACGGAGCGCAUUCCUGCCGGGAAGGCGAGAAGCGUCAAGCUCCUCACGGAGUCUCCGCCUUUCUGACCGCCUCUGGAGAGCGGCCGCCCCUCCGCACCUGAAAUUCCGCACCUGCCAACAGCGGACGGUGGGGAGCUCCGAGGGAGGACGAGAGCUCCGCACGGCGUGGCUACCGCGGGAGCGUCACCACGGCAACGGGAAACAGCGGCUCGGACGGGCAGCGAGAGGAGCCAGACUUCGCCAGGAGCUGCCGUUUCGCGUUCUUGGGGCGUUGGGCAGCGCCCCCCGGCGUGAGGCGGAGCACCGCGCAGCGCCUUUUCCCGUGCUGUGAUUCAAAACCAAAAACAAAAAAAAAAUUAAAAUAAGAGAUAAAAAACAAAUACAAAAGUGCUAUUUAUAUAUCUUCAGUGGAAUUUUCUUGGCUCUGUGUCUCAUGCUUUUGACGUUUGGCUUGUGGCUUUUAUUUGACAGAAACAAUUUCUUCACUGUUUUACUUUCUGCAGUCAAGAACUAGCCAGUGACAUAUCUUUCUUGUACAAAACUUGGCAUUUGAUCUGUUUUUACUUUUACAUCAGCCAUGGGAGUCCGCAGUGUUGUGGAAAUCAAAUGUCUGCUGGUUACAUUUAUGAGUUUUCAAAUACUGGUAUUUGUAAUGCAGAUGGCAAUAUUGGUGCUAAUAAUGAUGAAAAAAGAAGAGGUUCACAAUCAAUUGAACAACAGAAAUGAUGAUUUUAUUACUGAAUACAGGAAUGAGAGUCUGACUGAGCAGAACAUUCUGAAUGCUAUGCAGCAUGAUAUGGAAUGCCAUGGAAGAUACAAUACCACACAGUGGGAGAGGAGCUAAACAAAGAAAAAGAAUACUCAGUUCCUGUGUCCAUGCACAAAAUGCAAUCUAAAGAAAUGGUUUUGUGAUGUCCCAAGGAAUUCAACACACAGUGUGGGAUGUGAAGAACAUUUAAAUACAUAUUUUGAAAACAAUGCUCUUACCUUAAUCAAAAUUACUGUCAGCCUACUAACCAGACAGGUAAGACUACUUCUAAGCAAAAAACCCACAAAAUGCUGCAGCCGAGUACGAGAUGGCCUGACUGGCAAAUCGAAGACUAUUGAUCAGAUCAGAGAAAAGAAAGAAAAGAAAAAGUGA